AACAUCAACAACAAUACAAUCUCAAACAAACUCAAACACGUAAACACAAUCCCAAACCAGACCUCAAUUCAUCGUCUCUCUCUCCUAAAUUAUUUCUCUCUCUAAAAAUUGGAGCCAUAUACAUACAUAAUUUCUGUAUCUCGAACGAGAUCAGUCUCUCUCUCUCUCCUUUGUUUGUGGAUGGAGGUGCGAGCUUCCAUCUCGAGCAAGUUGAGGUUGUGUUUGGCAAAACCCUAAUUCGCAGAUAGAACCCCUGAAAUUAGGAUUGUGGGAAAUUGAAGAGAGAGAGAUAGCGAAGAUGUUUCAGUGGAACAUCGCCAAAUCGGCGGAGGCGAUGUUCUCUCGGUGGGCGAUAAAGAGGGUGUGCAAGUUCUUGUUGAAGAAGAAAUUAGGGCAAUUGAUUCUCGGCGACAUCGAUCUCAACCAGCUCGAUGUGCAGCUCAGCGCCGGCACUAUUCAGCUGUCCGAUCUCGCUCUCAACGUCGACUAUCUCAAUCAGAAGUUUGGUGCUGCAGCAGCAGUUCUUGUGAAAGAAGGAUCGAUUGGUUCUCUGUUAGUCACAAUGCCUUGGAAGGGUAAAGGUUGUGAGAUUGAAGUGGAUGAGCUUGAACUAGUGCUUGCGCCCUGUGGGGAGCUUAAUUCAUCUGAGACUUGUAUUCCCAGGCAAAAUGUGAGCCAUGACUCAGGAAAGCUGGAACAUGAAAAGGUGGAGAAUUCUAUGAUGUCUACUUCUGUGGAUGUUCAUGAAGGAGUUAAAACCAUUGCUAAAAUGGUGAAAUGGUUGCUCACUAGCUUCCGUGUAAAAGUUAAAAAACUGAUUGUCGCAUUUGAUUCCUCUUUAGUACAAAAUGAAAAGAAUGCAGGGUUUCACAGAACCUUGGUUCUUCGAAUUACUGAGGUGGAAAGUGGGACACGCAUUUCUGAAGAGGUUGCUUCGAAUGCUGAUGCUACAGCUGAUAACUUUCUUGGGUUAAAUCAAUUAACAAGCUUUGUAAAAUUUCAAGGAGCAAUACUUGAAUUUCUUCAGAUGGAUGGUGUUGACAAUCAAACCCUACUUCCAUGUGCUUCAGGAACAACUUUCGGUGAACGGUUUUCAGUAUGUUGUCCAUCAAAUGCUAGGACUCCCAUUGUUACUGGGGAAGGUGGUGGAUUUUCUGGGACCCUAAAAUUAAGUAUUCCUUGGACAAAUGGUUCAUUAGAUAUCCGCAAAGUGGAUGCAGAUGCUUAUAUUGAUCCUCUAGAAUUAAGAUUUCAACCUAGCUCCAUAAAAUGGUUCUUAUAUUUGUGGGAAAUUCUUAAAGAUUCGGGUAAGAAUGACAAGGGUCAUGCAGAUUGCAAUAUGACAGAAUCUGUUUAUUUCAAUGCACCAUCUCCAUCAAUGCUAGGUUCUUUUGUAAAUUCUACUUAUAAGGUGAUGCCAUGCAAUGAAAGUUCGUCCACUGAUUUUGGUUAUUCAAUUGGGAAAGAAACAGGAACAGAUGCCCUGCUACCAGAGUCACAACUUAUAUCAGAUUGGGUGCCAUUCUCUAUUAGUAAAAACCAGAAAGACAGGACCGAAGAAGAACCAGAUUUUGGGGCCAGCAUAGAGCAGUUUUUUGAAUGUUUCGAUGGUAUGAGAAAUUCUCAAUCAGCAUUAGGAAACAGUGGGAUGUGGAACUGGACAUCUUCUGUUGUCAAUGCAAUAACUGCAGCAUCCAACCUUGCUUCUGGAUCUUUGCACAUGCCCUCUGAACAGCAUCAUGUUGAAACCAAUCUGAAGGCAACUUUUGCUGGUAUUUCUGUGCUUUUUUCCUUCCUCGAUGGAGACCUGCAACAUUCCUGUGAUCUAAAGGGUGAUCAGACAAAUGUUGGUUCAUAUGCACAUUAUCUUGCAGCAAAAUUCCAAGAUAUGCUUCUUGUCUUGCAGGUACGUCCUCAAGAAAUGAAUUUUACAGCAACAGUGAAGCACAUUGAGCUUACUGAUCACUUCAGUAAUGGUGAUGAUGCUAUAGGGUUUGGUUUGCAUGGCAGUAAUGAUGACAUUGAAAGUAAGAUGGUUAUGAUCCAACACGUGCAAGCGGCAGUCGAAGGUGCUCUCCCACCAUUUUCUUCAUCUUCCAAAGAUGCUGAUUCAGAGAAACCAAAUGGAUCAAUGGCUGCAGAUUUUCCAUCUACCAGGUCUCGCUUGGGCAGAUACAUUAGCAGAACAAAUUGUAAAGGUAUAUAUAGGGAUGAUGUAGUCAAGGUUACCUUGCUCAGAACCUCAGGUGAUACUCAGUGCCAAUUUACGGUAUCUAGUUCUUCGGGUGACAGUUUUAUGGGACCAACAUCUUUUUCAAUAAAACUGCCACCAUUUGUUUUCUGGGUGAACUUUCAUUUGAUAAAUUUGGUAUUGGGUCUUUUGAAAGAAGUGGGAAAUUCCUUUGAAAUGAAUAGCACAAGAGAUGAUUCUGCAUCUGAGGGCAUCAAUAGUAAGAGUAGCCCUUCAUCUCAUGGGGAAGUGAAAAGGAGUUCUUGCCCUUAUUUGACGAGAUCUUUUCCACAAGAGCUUUUGACUGGUAAUAUAUUCCUACCCACUGCUAGGGUAAUAUUGUGUUUCGCUUCUGAGAAUGAUGGAGAUUCUAAAAGUUACUCGUCCUGGAAUCAGUUUAUUGCUCUUGACUUUUCUUCUCCAUCGACUUUGAAUGAGAAAAAAGUUAAAGUCACUAGUUCAAUUCCAGUUCCUAGUGCUUAUAAGAGGAAUUCUUCGACAGUAUCCCAGUCCUUGCAUUUGAAUAUGGGCAACCUUGACAUCUACUUAAUUACCUCUGCCUCCAAUAGUUUUGUCAGAAGUAACUCCUGUGGCUUACAGAGGCAGAAAUUUCUUGCUGAGAACAUUCUCUCUGCCGUCAAUAGAAGAGGGAACCUUUCUGUUAUUAGUAUGCUUUGGCAGGAGGGGUCUGUGACUGGUCCUGGAAUAGUAAAAAGUGCCAAGCUUCUAGCUGCUUCAGAGGAUUCCAGGAGCAGAAAUAGAUUUGUGGGAAAAGGUUAUGACUUUGCUUCUGUGACCACUGUUAAAGAUAUGGAAGCCUUGGAAGACUUAAGUACUGGUGCACGGCAAGAUAUGAUUUUGAGCUCUUCAUUUGUCCUGCAUGCUUGUUUGUCUCCUGUUACGAUCAAUCUGUGCAGUUUUCAGUAUAAGGGCUUACACCAUCUUUUACAACAGGCGAUUGAUCGUUUAUCAUGUAUAGUGCAUGAUCCAGUCAGUGUUAGGAAUGAUUCUUCUGCAUCUCAGACAUCAAUCCUUGUAGAAUGUGAUUCUGCAGAAAUUUCUGUUAGUCUGGAACCGGUAGAGAGUAUUAAAGGCUCGAUCCAGAAUGAACUUCCUGGCUCAUGGCAUCAUUUAAAACUUCAAAUUAAGAACUUUCAGUUGCUAACAGUCUCAGAUAUAGGCGGGAUUUGUGGUUCCACUUUUCAUUGGGUUACCCAUGGUGAAGGCAAUUUAAGGGGCUCCAUUACUGGAGUUCCUGAUGAAGAGUUUCUUCUGAUCUCAUGUAGCAACUCUACAAAAGGGCGUGGUGAUGGAGAAGGUUCAAAUAUAUUGUCUUCUAAAUUGUCAGGUUCUGAUAUUAUACACCUGUGGGAUCCAGAGACUUCUCACAGCUAUACAUCUAUAACCAUCAGAUGUGGCACUAUUGUUGCAAUUGGUGGUCGCUUGGACUGGUUGGACACAAUACCCACCUUUUUCAGUUUGCCCUCUUCUGAAACUGAACAAUCAGCUGACAACAGAUUGAAUAAGGGGAAUUCUGUGGAAAGCGUACCUUCUGAAUCUUCUUUUGUACUUAAUUUGGUGGAUGUUGGUUUGAGUUAUGAGCCCUACUUAAAAGGUUUGAUGGUUAGCGAAGUUCCAGAUUCCGAGUCCAGCUCAGUUGAUGCCAAUGAAGGAAUGCAGACGCAAUAUGUUGCUUGUCUCCUAGCUGCUUCUUCUUUGAAACUUACUAUUAUCAAAGUGCCAGAUUGUGUUGAAAGUGACUACAAAAUUAAAGUGCAAGAUCUAGGGCUACUUCUUUGUGCAGUGUCUGCACCUGAGAAUGUCGGUGGCACAUGUAGUGUAGAACAUCUUCACAAGGCUGGCUACGUUAAAGUUGCUCGAGAGGCACAUGUUGAAGCAGUUUUGAGAGUGAAUUGUAAGAAUGGCCUUCCCUGGGAACUAGAAUGUUCUGAGUCUCAUAUUUUUCUGGAUACUUGCCAUGAUACCACUUCUGGCCUAAUUCAUCUGGCUACUCAACUCCAACAGCUUUUUGCCCCUGAUGUGGAGGAAUCAAUUGUUCAUUUGCAGACAAGGUGGAAUAAUGUUCAAAAGGCACAAGAGAGUGAGGGAAAUAGGGUCUUCAAUAGUGAUGCUGCACCAUCAACUUCUCAAGUGGAUACUUCACAUUUAGAUAUGAAGAGUAAGCCUGGUGUAGUUAACUUGAUGGAUGAGAUUUGUGAAGAUGCAUUUCACUUGGAUGGACAUUGGAAUGGCUUAUCUUAUUCUUCUGAAUCACAACUUCGUAUUUCAGUUGACGAUAGUCUUUUUGAAGAGGCAUGUAAUUUAAGUGCCAGAAACCCUGAUGGUUUCCCAGAUAAUUUGUCCUUGGCUAGCUCAGUGCCCUUAGAUGUGUUGAAAAGUAGUCAGUCAAUGUUACAAAAAAGCUUUCCAGAGUUUAUAGAAGGCUAUUUCUUAACUGGGUUCCGCCCUCUGUCAGAGCUGUCUCAAGAAAAGCAGUCAUCAAAUGAGAUCCUUAAAUGCAACACCAGAAAUAUGGUGAAGGUAGAUGUUGAAAAAUUAAACAAUGGUUGGUAUGGGAAUGACUCAUUAAAAAUUUUGGAAGACCAUGUGUCAGAUAUCAGUGGGCAAACUGGUCAUCAGCAACUUGUAGCAGAGGAAACUACUCCUAGCAACUGCGACAAAAUUGAUGAUAACAAAAAAGUGAGGGGGCGUGUACUUCUUAAGAACAUUAAUGUCUUUUGGAGAAUCUAUGCUGGAUCUGAUUGGCACAACUUUCAGAAAAAUGUCCAGCAUUCUCCAGUUAUCCAUGGAAGGGAUAGGAGAAUUUGUCUUGAGCUUGCAUUAUCUGGAAUGGAAUUCAAGUAUGAUAUUUACCCUGAUGGUAACGUAUGUAUAUCCAGCCUUUCUCUCUCAGUCCGUGAUUUUCAUCUCAAUGACUACAGCUGGGAUGCACCAUGGAAACUGGUGCUAGGAUAUUAUCAAUCAAAGAGUCAUCCUAGAAAAUCUUCUUCGAAAGCAUUCAAGCUGGACUUGGAAGCUGUCAGACCAGAUCCUUUGACCCCUCUUGAGGAGUAUCGGUUACGGAUUGCUUUCCUUCCUAUGCUUUUGCAUCUUCAUCAGAGCCACCUUGAUUUUCUCACCAGCUUCUUUGGAGGAAAUGGCUUGUCUGACCAGUCUCCAGAUGCUUCCCAGGAUUUGAGUGAAUCGGGAGUGUCGCAAAAAAGGGGUAGUAAAUUUGGGGGACAUACCAUCAAUGAGGAGGCACUGCUUCCUUAUUUUCAGAAAUUUGAUAUGUGGCCUGUUCUUGUUCGUGUUGAUUACAUUCCCUGUGGUGUUGACCUAGCAGCAUUAAGGGGCGGCAAGUAUGUGGAACUAGUUAACCUGGUUCCUUGGAAGGGAGUUGAACUACAACUUAAGCAUGUGCAUGCCGUUGGUGUCUAUGGCUGGAGCAGUGUAUGCGAAACAAUAAUAGGGGAGUGGUUGGAAGAUAUUUCUCAAAAUCAGAUUCAUAAACUGUUGCGAGGCCUACCUCCCAUUCGAUCAUUGGUUGCUGUUGGUUCUGGUGCUACCAAGUUGGUUUCUUUGCCUGUGGAUAGCUACAGGAAGGAUCACAGACUACUGAAAGGAAUGCAAAGAGGUACAAUUGCAUUUCUUAAAAGUAUUUCAAUUGAAGCUGUUGGGCUGGGAGUACAUUUGGCAGCGGGGGCUCAUGAAAUCCUACUCCAAGCAGAAUAUAUUCUUACCAGCAUUCCACCAUCUGUACAAUGGCCUGUACAAAGCAGAACAAAAACUAAUGUGAGAUCUAAUCAGCCCAAAAAUGCCAAACAAGGAAUUCAACAGGCUUAUGAAAGUAUCAGUGAUGGCCUCGGCAAAACUGCUUCUGCUUUAGUUCGAACUCCCUUGAAAAGAUAUCAGCGUGGUGCUGGUGCAGGAUCUGCAAUAGCAACUGCUGUUCAGGCAGCUCCAGCAGCCGUCAUAGCUCCAGCUUCUGCUGCUGCACGUGCUUUUCAUUGUGCUCUUCUUGGUGUCAGGAACAGUCUUGAUCCUGAACACAAGAAGGAGUCGAUUGAAAAGUAUUUGGGUGCUACUCAGCCUCGGGAAAAUUAACGGAGGGUUAAAUGCACAAGUGAAUCUAUUUAGAACUUCUGUUUCUCACAACAGAAAAACACCAAGAAGAAAACAAAAUAUCAUUCUGAAGCCCCCCUUUUGGUUACCACUGUGGAGACUGUAUCAUGUAAGUUGAAGCUCCUACAGAAUGUGCAAGCUCAAUGCAACAUGCCUAAAGCCAAGUGAUUUGGAAUAUAAAUCCAUCUGGUCGCCAGAGAAGGGGGAUUCAUAUGUUUUUUUCUGGUUUACUGGUGGUGAAGCCAUCAAAUCGAUUCAUUCUUUGCUGAGAAGAGGAGAUAGUAAUCUUGUAGAAAAUGUAAAUACCAGGUUAUAUUAAUACAGUUUACUUGCAAAGUCGAAAUUUGUGAUGUAAUCAUUUCAUCAGUAUUAGAUUUUGUACAGUAACACCUCAUAUUCUUGGAGGACGUAGUUUUAUUGUUUGCAAUCAUGUUUGUUGUAUAUAGCACAUUGAAAUGGCCAUUCAUUUUAAAUGUGAAUAGUUUUUCCCACUGUUGUUUGCCAAAGAAUCUUUUGUGUAUAUGAUACAACCCUAGUUUGCUCAUGCAGUGA